UCCGGUCGGCGCGCCCGCCACGCCUCGUGGCUGACGGACCCCUCGACGGCGGGCCCCCGCGGCCCCACGCGGUGCGCGCGCUGCCCGCCGGGCUGGGGAGUGGAGAGGCGCUGCGGGGGCGGCCUGGACACGGCCUGCUCGCCGUGCCGCGAGGGCGAGGCCUACUCGGCGCAUCACUCGGCGCGCACGGCCUGCUUGCUGUGCUCGCGGUGCGGGUCGGGGCUGUUCGCCGCCAGGGACUGCACCGCCACGCGGGACACGCACUGCGCCGCGUGCCACCCGCCGCCGCCGCCGCGCCGCCGCAACCAGGACUACUACCGGCGCUGCGUCGCCAUCGACGAGGACAUGCUGGCGGACGCCCCCGCGGAGGCCGCCCCUGCCGAGGCCGAACCCGCCCCCCGGCGCCACGGGGGCGCCGCGCUGGCCAGCUACGGCCUGAGCCAGUCGACGCUCCUCGCGGCCCGCUCCAAGUCGGACAUGGCCCGGAGCAUCCUGGCGGACCCGGGUACGGCCGAGAAGCUGCAGAGCGGCCCGGGGGCGGGCGGCGUCGGGCGCCUCCCGCACGUCCUGCUCGCGGACGACGAGGAGGGAGGAGCCUUCAGCGAGGAGUACUCGCUCCUGCACCACCAGCAGGCGCAGGCUGCGCAGGCGGGGCCCGCCUACUCGGUGCUCACGGACGACGGCCCCGUCAGGGUGGCUGCCGCCCCCGCCGCCCUCCACCACGGUUCGCCGCGGCCCUCACCGCCUCGCUACCCCGCCGGCCCCGUCCGCCUGAGCUCGCCCAUCAGCUGGGGAAGGCCCUCCGCGCCGUCCCUCAACACGCGCCAGGCAGCCUCUCACGCAUUUCUUAACCCAGACUCGACAACGGUACCAUUGCCUUCAAGACAUCACACUGAUGAAGGUGAUAUGAAUGCCGAAGAAGUUGGACGCCUCAUGUUAUAAUAUUAAAAAUUACAACUAGUGCUCACACACCCUUUCCUGAAGGAAAAAGUAAGAUGGUUGAAAACUAACUCAUUUAAUUUAGACUGCUCAACCUGUAAUACCUUAACUUUAAGCUUCUAACUGUGAUAGUAAAAUUAAGCUUGUAAGCAUUGAAAAAUGCAUUUUGUUCCUAACUUAGUCCCUCUUCCCAAGCCCAAGAAACAGACUGGUACAUCUUUGUGAAGUGGUAUUUGUUUACUCCUGUUUUCCCUGACUGCAUAUGUACUAUUAAUUAUUGAAAUUGUUUCUCUUGUCAAUAUAUAAAAUAGUUCUAAUUUACAUUGUAACGCAUCACAU